AUGGCGGUGUGUUGCUCGUCUGAGUUCAGUAAUUUAAAUGGAAAUAUCUGUUUAUCAACAUGUGAUUUCCAAGGAAUCUAUAGACAUAAAGUUUCCCAAGAUAUAGAUUAUGAUGGUAAACGAAUCAGCUGGCAUAACGAUUACGAAUCACUACAGAAAUUUAUCGAAUGUGUAUUUGCACAACAAGGCAAAUGGAAAUCGGCCGGAGGAACUUCAAAAAAGUUUGUAAGUUCUAUUGCGGAUUUAUCCUGUACAUGGUAUCCCGGUAAAUUAAACUCCUUGUUAUUCCACGGCAAAACUGGGGACUUAGUAAACGAAAUUUUGGUCACGGUAUGUAAGUCAACAUCGUUUAAUACUUUUGAAAACAGUGUGAAAGUGUGUGUCCAAAAUAUCCCUGUGCUUAAUAGUCGGGACACUGAUGGCAUGACUAAUUCACCACACACACAGACCUCGAACGUUUCGUGUAGCGCAGUUAAAGAUAUGUAUAAACAGCCGAGUCCGAAAUAUGUUGAUCAAUCUUCCCAAACUGUUGAUCCUAACAGGGAACAAUGUUUGUGCGUUGACUUGUUGUCUGAGUUUGAUAACAUGAAAAUCAAUUUCGAAAUUAUAUUAACUAGAAUAGAUGCUCUACAAUCGCUGGCAAAUACGCAAGCCAUAUGUUUUAGUAAUGACAACAUUGUGCAUCUUGAAUCCGUGCUUGAUGGGGAGGGAAGUAAAAGUACGAAAUCAGAACCCACAAUAAGUCUAAUGGAGAAGGAAAAGAAUUCUGAAAUUGAGGCACUUAAAAGCAAAAUUAAUUCCUUGGACAUGAAAUUGGAAAAAUGUUUAAAGGAUUAUGAUGCUAUUUCAAAUCAAUCACCUAUUGUUAUACCCCAAGUGCCUAUUGUCUCUCCACAAUCGCCUAUUGUUCCACCCCAAGCGCCUAUUACUCCCUCGUUGCAUGUUAACAAAAAGAAUCAUGAUCAAACCCCCGAAUUGCAAAUACCAUGUCAUGACAAUAAAGAGUUCCUGAAUAAAUUACCGCUGUGUGAUACUCGAGGUUUUAAUUGUAAACAAGUAAAUAACCUAAAUGAAACAUCAUUAUUACCGCAGCACGUUAUGACUCCGUGCCAAUCUUUGGAAUCAAAUAGUCCCCUUUUAUCUAACAGAUCGAGGAAACUUUUAGGAAAAAUCCUAAACGGCCACAGACACGGUGUAUAUCAAUCUAAAACCUCAAAUCAGGAAACAUCAUUAUUACCGCAGCACGUUAUGUCUCCGUGUGAAUCUUUGGAAUCAAAUAGUCCUCUAUUAUCCAACAGAUCGAGGAAAUCUUUAGGAAUAAUUCCGAAUGGUCACAAACACGGUAUAUAUCAAUCUAAAACCUCAAGUCUAAGGGAUUUUACUCAACCUCGACGUAAAAUUGCUCCUUUUCGAAAGAGCCCUGCCAAUUAUCGAACCCCGCGUAUUGUCUUGGAAAAACAAUCUAUGGAAUGGGCAGUUUAUCUACAAUUUGUGAGUCAAAUGACUCACAAAUCAACACUAGUAUAG